GAGAGGAAGAGCCACCUUCAUAGCUUACAUGUGAUUCCUCUGCUUAUACAACCCAAUACUGGAUUUACUUACUUUGGCAAGAUAGCUGCAUUGUGCACUGUAUUUAAUGUUACGUGUACUGUAACCCUGGGUCUUUCUCCGCAUUGCUGCCGUCACCCCCUCAAUCCUGCCAAUCUAAAACUCCUGCCUUUGUUUACCUGCCCUCCUCCCCAUAGACUCCCAUGCAUUCAUCCACAGUGAAUGUCAUCUUUUUAUUCUCUGAUUUCCUUUUACUUUAUCUUAAGCUCUGGCAAGACUUUCACUCUGUCCUAUAAAUUGUCAGCUCUCAGCCAGCUUUUCACCCUGCUUCGGUGGUGGAGCACCCCUUCAAGCCUUUUCUCUGGUCCUUUUCCAUUUGUAGUCCUGAAACCAGCAUUUGCUAAGGUGGAAUGAUAAGCAUUCCCCUGGAGUUUCUGAAUCAGGUACUGGGAACAACUCUGGUUUGGCCCCCUGAAGUUGUUACCCUGCUUAGUUCUGUCUAGAUCUCCUCACCUCCUCAGGACCUCUGUCUGGGUGGAUAGUAGUCUUACUGUCCCUCCUCCGGGGAGGAGAUGCAAACAUGCAGUCAGCUUACCAGAGAUGUCUCACAGUAAGGAAGUUAACUAUUGUCUUUUAGUAGAAUAGCCUUUAGUAGUUUUAAGUUUUUCUAAUUAGAGAUUAAAUUGAGGUCAAUGAAGAAAGUAAAGGAAGAUUUUUUUUUUUUAAUGUUGAAGUAGGCUGUGGUUCACCAAGAAAGCCAAAUGGUGUAUCUUGUUGGAUUUGGUAGCUGACUCAAAUGGGAGCUUCAGCCUCAUUUUCCUGGACCUAGAGCAUCAUGAUGCCUGAUUUAGAGAAGGUUUUUAGUUGGUUUAUUUAGGAUUGUUGAUACAGCCGCCCAGUCUUUUAAUUAUAUGCUUUGAUUAAGCAUUUAGAGGAUAAUGUAUUGUGUAAUCUUUUCUGUGGGUGGUAAGAGUUGGAAGAUCUCCAAAUGUCCUUUUAUCUGUGUCGAAGCUCUCAAGCGAGUCCUAGUGGGUCUUAGGGCAGCAGUUAAGCCAGUGUUUGAGUCAUCCACCUCAGCCCCCUCCCCCACCGUCUUAGUGGAUGUGCUCUGUUUAAGCAGACUCUUCUUGAGUUUGGGGCAUGUAUUACACCCACAAGGAAGGUACUGCUUACAUGUGUUUGUAUUUUGAAGGAGAGAAAGUUGAUUUGGAAAUCUUUUUAAUGUCAUUUCAGUACAUGAGAUUAUUAUGGUUUUAGACAUUGCCAAACACCUGGUAGAUGUCAGCACACAGUAAACAUGUGUUACAGGUGUAUGCUGCAACUAAGAGGUGUGUGUAUAGCUGUCAGAGGUGACUGAUUUCAGUAUUCACAAUUACAUAACCAAAGGAAAUUUUCAUUAUUCAAUUUAGUGGCUUUGAAGAAUGUCGUUUCUCUGGUUCCUCCCCAUAUAUAUUAUCACAAUUUGCUAAAUUUAUUUUUGAUUAAGAGACUAAAUGGUUGCAAAUAUAGGAAGGAAUGGGUAGACUUGCUUGUGCCCAUGUCACCUCCUCACAAGUGUGGCACCUUUCUUGAAAGGAAACAUUAGUUUUGUUCUUGGCUUCUGGAGUAAGCCAGUGACAGAGCCAGUCAACUGGACUUGGUGUUCUGAAUGCUGUUCUGUAGGCAGCCAGUAAGCAGUGAGAAGGGUCCGUUUUCUAUCUCCAUUUAUGGUCUCAGAAGGGGAAAGGGACAGGACUGGGACUCUAUUUACAGUCCUUAGGAAUUGAGUGGAGUGGUUGGGGUGUUCUUGGAGGCAGAAACUAGACAUUGUAAGAUAAAAAUAAAUUGUCAGGGGUUGUUUGCAAUUCAAAUUCCGAUCUCUGAGGAGGGUAGAGGGUGCUGGGAAAGGGGAGUAUAUGCAGGGUCAAGUGAGAUUUGCAGCGCUUCUCUCUGUUGGGAGAUUUGACCAUGACACACAGUUUCCAAGUUAAUGUUUCUGGAUUGUUCUAGAAAGUUUUGUCCUAUGGGGUCAUGGUUCUCUGUUGCAAAAAGAAAGCUGAGAUGAUUUUUAAAGGGUUUAUGGGAAGCCUCAGUUCUGUAAGGUAUUAUCAUUUGAGGCGGUGGGAGAGAUGCUGUGAAAGUGAGAUGCUUGUUUGGGGGUUCAAGGCUCCAGGGCGGGUGACUGUGUCUGAGGGAGAUGAUCAUGUCUCAUGCUUUUAUUCUUCUUUUUGCUUGUUUGGAUUUCUGGCCUCAAGGAACAGAGUUAAAGAGUCUUUGAGGGAGUGUCUAUAGACUCUCACCUGUGGUUUAAAGGUACUGCACUGAGGGAGAGCCCUAAAGAAAGACUCAGACUUGUUUUCGUUUGGUGAGAUAGAUUGAGUAUUAGCUUAUGGAAGGUAACUUCUCCUUUAGGAGAAUCUUACAGUCUUGAUAAUAUCUAGUUAGAGAUAAACUGGUUUUAACAGUUAAGUUAGAAAAUAUUUAGGAGCCACCAUGGAAAGGGGAUUUGAUCUCUCAGAAUUCUGAGUGGAAUCCCAUAAAGCAGAAGAGUGAUUAGAAGGAAGAAAGGAAGGCAGAAUCAGUAGAGCCUGGAUGUGACUGGAUUUUCAAGCUGAGACCAUGAAGUCCUUGGUUUAUCUUUUGAUGGGUCAAGUUAAGAGCAUAAGGUGUGUAUCAUUAAAUAUGGGAAACUGGGCUAGUCUGAAAUAUGUAAUAGAAAAAAGACCAUAAAAAAAAAACCAAAAACAAAAAAAACCGAGAGUUGAACAAGGCGGCAAUGUUCCCCAGGUUUGUCUGAGUUUGCAGGAUGGUAUUAAUUUGUGGUGUGUCAAGCGACAGAAAGAGUGAGGUGACUCCCUCACUCCUAAGAAAGACUGUUGGCCUUGUGUGUUGGUUUAUUUAGCUGGCAGUUUCAGUUGGUAGACUAGUAAAAUGUAGGAAUUAAUGUACUACUUCUUGGUCAUUUGUUUGAGACUGGGGACUUAGGACAUUAUUGAUUUGAUUUCUGCUUAAAUUGUAGAAGUUUUUACCAUGACCGAGUGAGUUAGUGAGGACUACAGACUCUGUAGGGACCUGUUUUGUUAGCUACGUUGUCUAGGCAACUCUUUUCCCCUGUGCUCCUUAACCAAGGGUAAGGAAGGUGUUCUUUACUUGGGAAUUCUUCUUUCUGUCCUCUUUCCCUCACGUCUUCCAAAUUCUGGGCACCACAGCAGCUCUCUCCUGUGGCAGGAGCUGGAGUCAGAUGGCAGCACUAUGGAGGACUAUUCACAGGAGGACUGGGGAAACCACAGUCAGGAUCUCCAUGGCUACCCAACAGAUCAGGAAUUGGAUGAAAUGCCAGUUUCAAAGAGAACAUUAAAAAUAAAACAAGAGUCUUCUGAAGAAGCACAGAAACGAGACACCAUGCAGAAUAUUGUACAGAUUUUGGAGUCAGUGCAAUUGAAAUGGGAACUGUUUCAGAGUUGGACAGACUUUUCAAGACUCCAUCUUUCCAACAAACUGGCUAUUUUUGGAAUUGGCUAUAACACCCGCUGGAAAGAGGAUAUCCGCUACCAUUAUGCUGAGAUCAGCUCACAGGUGCCCCUUGGCAAGCGUCUUCGGGAGUAUUUCAACUCCGAGAAGCCUGAGGGACGGGUAAUUAUGACCCGUGUCCAAAAAAUGAACUGGAAGAAUGUUUACUACAAAUUUUUAGAGAUCACCAUUAGUGAAGCUAGAUGCCUAGAGCUGCACAUGGAAAUUGACUGGAUACCCAUUGCCCACUCCAAGCCAACUGGUGGGAAUGUUGUUCAGUAUUUACUGCCAGGAGGGAUUCCUAAAAGUCCAGGUCUUUAUGCCAUUGGCUAUGAAGAAUGUAUUGAGAGGUCUCUUUCACCAGAUGUGGAGCGCCAGGCCCUGGACCCAGGAAAGGAGGGCCAGGUUGGCCUGGAAACUCUCUCUGCACAAGCCUCAUUACAGGUGGAAAUAGAACCCACCCGGAUCGUUUACUGCUACCUCGGUAUCGCUGAGGUCAGGACUCUGCAGCAGUGUUUGUUUUUACAUUUCCAAGCAAAUACCAAAACCUUCAGUAAAGAUUGGGUUGGUAUUAAUGGGUUUUUGUCUCAGAACUGUAUUGUGGACCCUGGAAUUUCCCCCAAAUCCAUCUAUAUCAAAUUUGUAGAAGUUGAGAGGGAUUUUCUUUCCGCGGGCUCAUUAGUUGAGUGCCUGGAAAAGGCCAUCGGAUACCCCUUAAAAUUUAACAACUGAGUGUCAUCCUUCAUAAGGAUUUGGGCGUGUGCAUUCUUCUCCCUUCUUCCCAUUACCCAGACUACCCCACAUCCAGAUGCUGCCAUCAGACUCUUCAUGGGAACGCUUUCCACGAUGAGACCAAUGCAACCUCUAAGGAAUCAUAGCAGACUCUGGGCAGAAAAAGCAGACCUCACCUGAAAUGCUCACUUUGAGUAAGCAGGUCUUGCAUGGUGGGUCAGUUCUUUUUUAAAAAAAGAAAACAUCAGUUUUUAAAUGGAUUUUAGAGCCCUGAUAUAAAUAAAUAUAGGUACAUUCCAUAUUGGACAAAACUUAUACUUUGAGUUUCAUAUGAAAUGAAAAUUGUAUUUUUUUCACAAUGUUUCAUUUUUACACAUCUCUAUAAGUAUUAUUUACGACCUUGAAUAAAUAAGCAAUAGAUAAUGGCAAGUAAAUCUUGAGCCACAGCAAAUAAGGCUGUUUUUCAAUAUUAACUUUAGCUACUAUUGUAUAUAAUUUAGAGUUUCAUUUUUUUUCACCAACCAAGUGUUUUGCUAUUUCCAAUCAGUGUUGCCUGCAAAGACUUUUGUUUAUGUGAUGUACAACUUUUAUGGUUGUGUUACCAUUUAAAUUAAAAAAAAAAAAAAAGGAAUUCCUGACC